CUGCCUGAUCUGUGUUCAGAGGAGAUGGGAAAUCACUCGGAGGUGACUGAGUUCAUUCUCUCAGGACUGACAGAUCGUCCAGAGCUGCAGGUCCUCCUCUUUGUGGUAUUCCUACUGAUUUAUGGUAUCACCCUGCUGGGGAAUGGGGGGAUGAUCUUGUUAAUCACAAUUGAUCCCCGACUCCACACCCCCAUGUACUUUUUCCUCAAUAAUUUGUCUUUCUGUGACCUCUGCAUUUCUUUGAUAAUUUCCCCUAAGAUGCUGCUGAAUUUCUUAGCCGAGAGGAAAAGCAUUUCUUUCACUGCCUGCGCUGUGCAAAUGUAUCUCUCUAUCAUUUUUUCAGAUGUUGAGUUCCUCUUGCUGGCUGUGAUGGCAUUUGACCGUUAUGUGGCCAUCUGUAACCCGCUGCUCUAUACGGUCACCAUGUCCAGCCACCUUUGUAAACAGCUGGUGGCUGGGGUGUACGCUCUGGGGGUGGUGGAUUCAAUGAUACACACAUGGCUUACAUUUCGGCUGUCAUUCUGCAGCUCCAACAUCCUCAAUCAUUUCUUCUGUGACAUCCUCCCACUGUUGGUGCUCUCCUGCUCUGACACCCACAUCAAUGAGAUUGUGAUGUUUGCUUUGACGGGCUGCAUUACAGGGGGCAGCUUUGUGAUUGUCCUCCUCUCCUAUGUCUAUAUCAUCUCUACCAUCCUGCAGAUCUGCUCUGCUCAGGGCCGGCGCAAAGCCUUCUCCACCUGCACUUUCCAUUUAACCGCUGUGGUCCUGUCUUUUGGCACCCUCCUCUUCAUGUAUUUGCGUCCCACCUCCAGCUAUUUCAUGGACAGAGAUAAAAUGACCUCAAUGUUUUACACGCUGGUGAUCCCCAUGUUAAACCCCCUCAUCUACAGCCUGAGGAACACGGAGGUGAACGACGCCUUGAGGAAAGCAAUGAAGAAACUCCUAACCAAUUCUUGAAUCUGUUUAACUCUGUAUUGGUUUAGUUGUUGGGAGUGGAAACAGUUGAAUUAAAUUCCCAGCCCAUUACAACGUAAUUUUGCAGAGCCCAUGGGAUUAUUGUUCAUUAUUAUUUUGUUCUUAAAA